AUGGCUCGUAGGCGGAGCGCUAAGAUACAAUGGAUCGGCAACGACGCGAAGCGCGAGGAAGCGUUGAGGAGGCGCCUCCCUACGCUCGCGAAGAAGGCUCAAGAGCUAGCGAUCCUCUGCAACAUUCCAAUCUGCCUAUUGGUGUGUGUUCCCGGUGAAGCCCGACCGGUCCUACAGUGGCCAUCACCGGAGGAAGCCACUACUCUCCUGCAACGGUAUGGCAACAUGUUAGACUCAGAAAAACUCAAGAAUAAGGUGGAUGCCGCCGGCUUCAUCCAGCAGAUGAUCAUCAAGGCAAAGGCGAGGUUGUUGAAAAACUACCGGAAGAACCACGAAUCGAAGAUCAAUUUGUUGCUCAGUCACCUCUAUGGUGGCCAUCGAAGCUUUGGCGAGAUGCCCCUUGAAAUCCUCCAUGUCCUUGGAAAGAGGGUAGAGAUGCAACUCAAUGCAGUCAAUGCACGCAUUGAGGAGCUCCGUUCAGUGUCAGCACUAGUGUUGCCUCCACCACAUGAGCAAGAUGCGUCACUGGCCAUGCUGCCAUCUCCUCUUGCACCCAUUGAAUCCAUUCAUGUGGUGCCAGCGACCGAAGUAAUCUCAAUGAAUGAUCAUCACAUUGGUGCAGCCACCUCAACUGAUGGGGCGAACUCCUCUUCUGCGGUGCAAGUGCCUGACAAUGUGCAGAUGGUUGAUCCUCUCCCUAUGGUACUGUUGCCUCCUUCAAUGGUGGAUCCAUUGCCUGAUGAUGCUUUUGAUGCUCCCAUGACCCAUGAUCAUGAUCCCCUCCAUGGUAGCUACCUCUUCGAGGGUGAUCCAUCUUCAGCGUCAUUUGCUUUCAUUGAUUCAUUGAGUUCGAUCCAUAGUGUCAAUUCUACAGUGUAA